AUGACAUGGAAGUUCAUAAUUUCCCCGGAUUCAACAUUCCUCCAGAAUGGUAAUGAGACUGUGAAGGAAAGAGUGCUUCUCAUUUCGGGACGAGUCGUUAAAGAGCCAGAGGAACUGCUGAAUAUGACUGAUUCAAAAUCGAUAGCUUACUACUUGCUUAAAAGAUCAGGAUCGUGGAGUGUAAUAUACCACCGACCGGACAUUGCUCGAGUUUUCGUUGGACGUGACGUCUUUGGUCGACUCAGUUUGGUAUUUACUCGUGAUGGCAAAGACAUUGUCAUAUCUGAUAUUGUCCAGAGCACACUUCUUUCGGGUUGGAAUGAAGUUCCUUAUGCUCAAGUAUCGAGCAUUGCAAUAGAAACCAGUAGUACUCGUAUGUAUUCCUACCUGGAAACAUAUAUGGAAGGCAUAAUGGAUCCAUGGGCCAAACUUUUCCAACAAUUUUCUUUUGAACAAGUCCACUUCAAAGAUGUACUUUUAAAGGUAUCCCGAAGCGGAGAAUUGGAUGCAAAGCUUGACAUAGAGGAGGAGUUUUUAAAAAAGCUGGUAACUUCUACUCGAUCGAUGCUUCCUCAAGGUGAAAAUGUUGCGAUUGCAUUCUCUGGAGGAGUGGAUAGUUUACUAGGGGCGAUUACUGUGCAUCUAGCAUUCCCACCACAUCUUAGCCUUGAUCUCAUCAAUGUUGCCUUUAUCAGGGGCUCUGAGCAUAAGACCAUCGUCACUGAUCGAAGACGUGCCAUUGCUGGACUGGAAUUUUUGCGUUCAAAAUAUUCCAGCAGACAAUGGCGCUUGAUUCAAGCUGAUGUCUCCUUGGAAGAGAUGGAAAAGGAUCGUGCAGAGCAUGUUGUCAGGGCAGCAGCGCCAGCACUUUCUGUUCUGGAUGAAUCCCUAGCUUGUGUUUUGUACUAUGCUCUCAGAGGUGCAGGUACAGAUUACGACAACUUGGAGAAAGUAGAGUCGCAGGCCCAAGUUUACUUUGUUGGCAGCGGUGCUGACGAAUUAUUUGCGGGUUAUGCUCGUCACAGAACGAGAUUCGAACGUGAUGGUGCCGAUGCAAUACCCGAAGAGUGUGAAGCGGAGCUACGUCGACUAGGAUGCCGAAAUGGAGGACGAGAUGCUAGGGUAGCUGUACUGCUAUCGAAGGAAUUGAGAGCCCCUUUCUUGGAUGAUGAUUUUGUUGCAUGGGCUAACUCAUUGCCAAUGCAACUAAAAUGGGACCUAUCGCUGCCUAGAGGAGAGGGUGAAAAGAGGAUAAUCAGACAGGUCCUUGCCUCGUUAGGAGCUCCUCACGAUGCACCAAAACAAGCCAUGCAGUUUGGUUCUGGUUUUGUUAAAAUGCAAAAUGAUAAGAAGUUGAAGGGAAGCGAUGUGUCCACGAUAUUGAUGGAGUCUCGUCUGAGGGCUAUUCAUGAACCUUCUACAUAA